UUUCCCUUUUGAUAUAAGGGUUACAUUGUUACAUACCUACCUGAAAGGCACAUUGACGAUCAGCCACGUGUUUGUGGUUAGGGAGAUAACAUAAAUAAACUUUAUUAUAUUGAAAUAAUGUUACAGGUUUGAGGACCGAAGUUAUCACAGCAUAAUGAAGCGCACAAGAGACAAAUAUCGUGGGAGACCACCCAUCAGCCCAGAGAAAUUAGCUAAACAUUCUAAAGGCUUAGGGAUUAACUUGAAGACAAAAGCAUCCAGAAUAAAGAAUAAAGUACAAAUACAGAAGUUAACAAAAAAAGAAAAGAUUAUAAAACGUACGAUAAAAGAUACCGCUCGAGCGGAGUUACUUUUGACCGAAGAAUAUGGUUGUUUGGAAGCCGACGCAGGCGAAGUAACAACGGGAUUCAAGCAGAAACAGAUUGUAGAUAAUGUAGACAUAACCAGUGCAACUAAGCACUUUACAUUAAGGCUAGACUUUGGUCCUUAUUAUGUGAAGUAUACAAGGAAUGGUAGGCAUUUAGUUUUGGGUGGAAAAAAAGGACAUGUAGCUGCUUUAGAUUGGGUUACAAAGAAAUUAGCCUGUGAGAUGAAUGUAAUGGAAUCAGUGCACGAUGUAUGUUGGUUACAUGUAGAAACAAUGUUUGCUGUGGCACAAAAAGAAUGGGUAUACAUUUAUGAUAACGAGGGAAUUGAAUUACAUUGUAUGAAGCAAAUGCACAAAGUUAACAAAUUGGAAUUCUUACCAUAUCACUUCUUACUUGCCAGUGGCUCUAGAGAGGGUUAUUUGACUUGGCUUGAUGUUUCUAUAGGAAAAAUUGUUAAUUCCUAUAAUGCUAAAUUGGGAAAUUUACAAACAAUGACUCAAAAUCCAAGUAAUGCAGUACUCUGUGUGGGUAAUUCCAAAGGAGUAGUUUCUAUGUGGUCACCAAAUAAUAAGGAACCGCUAGCAAAAAUGUUGUGCCAUACUCAAGCUAUAAAUGCUUGUGCGGUUCAUCCAUAUGGAACUUAUAUGGCUACAAGUUGUCCAGCUAGAUUUGUGAAGAUUUGGGAUGUCAGGCAAUUGACAGGCCCAGUGUAUAAUUAUCGUACACACUCUCCUGUUCAGCAGCUGUCUUACAGCCAGUGUGGUCAGUUGGCAAUGGCAAUGGGGAAUAUAGUAGAAGUAUAUAGACCUUCAGCGGAUGAAAUAAAACCGUAUAUGCGGCACAAGGCAGAUUGGACCGUAACUAGUAUGCAGUUUUGUCCAUUCGAAGACGUCCUAGGUAUCGGUACGACGAGAGGAGUAUCCUCUCUUCUGAUACCUGGAAGCGGUGAAGCUAAUUUUGAUGCCUUGGAAAGCAAUCCGUUCCAGACUAAGAGACAACGACGCGAGGCUGAAGUUAAGGCUCUUCUAGAUAAGAUUCAGCCUGAGCUCAUUACUUUAGAUUCAGUUGCCAUAACAGAGGUAGAUGUGCCUAGUUUGAAGGAUAAAAUAGAAGCAAAGAAGAAUCUUUUGUAUCUUAAACCAAAGGAUGUAGACUUUAAACCACGCAGAACAAAAGCUAAAGGAAAGGGAGGAACAGCUAAAGUGAUUAAAACUAAAAAGAUUCUGAAAGACUUGAACCGAAGAGAACAUAUCGAUAUUGUACGAAAGGCAGAUGUAUUGUCGGAUGUGAAGAAGAUAGAACCUACGAGGGAUUAUGGAGUAUUAAACAGAUUCGUAUCAAAAUCAAGAUAACACAUAUUACUGAUAUUAUACUAGUUAAGACGCAUUGUAUAUGUGUGUAGAUUUGUCUAUUUCUAAUUAAAUCUUUUUCUUUUUAAUAAAGUAUAUGAAUUGCGUA